CCUGGGUAGGCAUACUGAGAACUUAUCACUCUGACGCAGAGACAAGUUUUAACAUAAGGAGUUUUCUCUGUGUCUUAAGAGACAAGAUGGAGAGAAGAAGCGACCCAGUGGUGAUAGUUCUUGUCCUGAUUGUGUUAACUACAGGAUGCCUAUGCAGUAACCCCGUCACCCUGACUAACAACGGUUACAGCACCGUACUGGUGGCGAUCUCCGAGAAGGUACCGGAAGCAGAGAACCUGGACCUCAUACAGAACAUCCUCACAGCGUUCACUGAUGCCUCGGAGUACCUUUACCAGGCUACUAAGAACAGGGCUUACUUCAAGGACGUGACGGUGUUGAUCCCACACACAUGGAAGGACAUGAGCAGCUAUGAAGACGCGACUUUCGAGACGUUUGAGAAGGCGAACAUUAGGGUGGAUCUGCCAACAUCGCACAGAGGAAACCGGCCGUUCACGCGUACCUACGGGAAGUGCGGCAUGAUUGGUGCGUUUACUCACGUGACUCCCGUGAGCCUCGGUCUGACCACGGCAGGCAGGACACUAGUACACCACUGGGCACACUACAGAUGGGGAGUUUUUGACGAGUUCGCUACCCGGAAGACCAACCUGUUCUACCAGAACCACGACGGAAGUCACAGCCCCACCCUCUGCACCACGCACAUCCGGGCCAGGUUUGUGGACGAGAGCGGCGAGGAGUGCCACCCUGGGGACGAGAGGACGCGAGUGUGUCACUACGAGUUUGAGUCCGACACCUCGGCCCAGGCCUCGGUCAUGUUUCAUCCGGAAUUACCGACGGUGACAGACUUCUGUAACAGCGACCCUUCCAGUCCGAACUACCACAACUUCCACGCGCUCGGAUCCGACCAGAACCAGUUCUGCAACUUCCGGUCCACCUGGGACGUCAUUUCCGCUUCGGACGACUUUUCAGGCAACAAUAACCCGCCAAGAACGGUUUACAACACCAUUCCAAACUUUAAGCUGGUGUACUACCGUCAGUACGCUGAGCGCGUGUCCAUAGUUCUGGACGUGUCCGGGAGUAUCGACAUGGGGACACUCCUGCCCAGACUCAACCAGGAGGCCAGCAAGUACAUUAGAAGUUUUGCAGACGGUUCUAUGGUGGGACUGAUCACCUUCAGUGACACGGCAGCAGUAGACCACGCCCUGACCGAGCUCACGGCGGACUCGCACAGACAGAGCCUCAUCACCGCGCUGCCGAGCUCCACAUACGGGUCUACUAGCAUCGGGGCAGGUAUACAAGCAGGCCUGUCCAUGUUGAAGCCGACCGGCCAAGGCGGAACCAUUGUGCUAAUGACAGACGGACAGGAGAACACAGCACCUAUGAUACAGGACGUCUGGCCUUCUGUACUGCAGCAGAAGGUUACACUUGUUACCAUAGCGAUAGGUGAAUAUGCCGACAUGAGUCUGGAGGACCUAGCUUCCCAAACCAGCGGACUGAGUUUCUAUGACACAGAAGACGCGUCACACCUGUCCGAGAUCUUUACCGCCAUCAGCUCCCAAGACUCUGACGUCAUCCAGGUGUCCGCGGGGUCGGAGGACGUCAUGACGUCAGGAGAGACGCAAACCGGGAGCUGUCGGAUAGACCCAACUGUCGGCAACAACACAGUGUUUCAGUUCACUUACGUCUGUCAGGAUAUGUCCAGUCUGCCAGCCUCUCCUGUUAUCCUGUACGCACCUGACGGGACAGAGUACGACAGUACGUCACCAGGGCUGGAGUACAUCAUAGACACCACAGCCGGUACUGUACAGAUCACCAUCCCAGGAACCGCUCAGGAUGGCUUAUGGCAGUACAGUGUGACAGCAGGCACUCGGGACCCCUGCCUGUCCCAAACCGUUGGGAUCCCCAACAUCAACCCUGUCAUUCAAACCUCUGUCACCACCAGACCGUCCGGCAACCAACCGCCCAUCGAGUGUACGGGAACCCUGGCGCACACGGUCAUGAACUUUAGGCAGGAGAGUCAGAGGGUGCAGACAUUUUACCUGGUUGUGCAGAGUGACUAUGCCUGCGGGCUGAACGCUGACGUCACGGUGUACGUUACCGAGCCAACAGGACGGGAGGUCACACUGAUGAUGUCUGACAAUGGAGUAGGUGCAGACAUACUUGCCAGUGACGGUAUCUACUCCGCCUACUUCUCUGGUAUCUCCCAGAAUGGGCGCUACAACGUGCGGGUACAGGUCAGCGGCAGGGUGCACAUAGACAACAGCUGCCUUGCUGGUGUCGGGGAGAACUGGGACCCCUUCAGCGGUACAACAUCAUCAUCAUCCGGGGAUGACGGGUACCGUGUGGAGAUUGACCGUAUGGUGUCGCUGGGGUCAUUCCAGGUCACCAAUUUCAUCCCAAUGCAGGAUUACUUCCCCCCCUCCCGAGUGACUGAUGUACAGAUAGACACAUCCACAGAGGCUGAGGAUAGAGUUGUUCUACAGUGGACCGCACCUGGUGGGGACCUGGAUAAUGGACAAGCCGACAGAUAUGAAGUUAUAGUGUCCAACAACAUCACCACCCUGCUGCAAGAUGCAGACAGCGCAGUGUCAAUCCAGCCUCAGCACUGUACCGACCAGACAGACUGUGUCAUCAGUAAUCCCUCAGGCAGCGGCAGUCAGGAGCAACUAGUCUUCACCAUACCUGAUGAGUUUUCAGGUGAGACUGUGUACAUCGGCCUGAGGGGUGUGGAUGAGAUGGGAAAUAUGGGAGAACUCUCUAACAUCGUGUCCUACAAUGUUGGCAACAGAGAGAAAGGCCCAGACAUUGUCAUCACAGUGGUGACAGCAUUUGCAGUAGUAGUGAUCCUGGUAACCUGUAUUGUGGGAGCCAUACUGUGGAAGAAGGGCAAACUGAAGAGACCUCCGAGUGCUGUGAGAACCAGACCUACACAGUCUGUACGCAACAGGAGACCAGACAUUGAAAGAGGAGAAGGGGUUGUCAGGGCAACCUUCAACACAAACAGAGUCCCUCUUCCCCCUAUCACCACCUGCACAGUAGACCGGUCCAACCUGUUCCAAGCACAGAAAGACAUAGAGGAAGAUCUGGAAGAGUCCAAGGUGGCAUCUCCCGAAAGGGGGGAGGAUGUACUCAGGGCAAACAUGAACAAACGUUCGACCCUUCUGCCGCCGAUUAAAACUUCCACCAAGGACACAUCUGCCAUGUUUGUUGUUCAGAAGGAAGUUGAAGAUGAGGAUUUGGGACCAUCAGAAGUGUUUUCUCAGGAGAGGGAUGAGACCAAGAUGGUAGCAACUUCAGCUAAACAGGAAGGUGACCAGACCACCACCCAGGUAACUGACCACCAGAGGUCGGUCCUGCAAGAUGACCAAGACCAGGAGCUGGACCUGUGCUCCCAGGCUGGACACAGCGCUGAGAGGGACGAGGGCACGAUGACCGCUGGUGGAAAUCAGAUGUCGGACCAGAAAUCAUUCGUCCAUUUGCCCAACGUACAACCACCUCCCUACGAUGAACUGUUUCACGAUGACCAAGAGGAAGAGAUCAACAUAGAGGAUGAAAAGGAGAAGAAGAGACUGGAAGAGGAGAAAGCAAGACUUCAGGAUGAGGAGAAGAAAAGACUCCAAGAAGAAGAGAAGAAAAAGGAAGAGGAAAAGAGAAAGAAGAAGAGAAGGAAGGAGGAGAGGAGGAGGAAGAAGGAGGAGAAGCGGAGGAAGGAAGAGGAAGAACGGAGAAAGGCUGAAGAGGAGCAAGUGAGAAGGUCGUCGGAGGAGCGGAGGAGGCUGGAGCAGGAGGAGAAAAAGAGAGCUCAGGACAGGCUGGGAGUUGAGACCCCGAUCCUGGACCGCCUGGAACCAGCCAUACACCAGCAUGACUCGGUACAGCUGGAGGCCUCCAUCAGUGACUACUACAGCGCAGGCCUGACUGACGACACUGGGCUGUUACUGGAGACAGAGGAACUACUGGCUGCACUUCAGGCACAGAAAGAGCUGACCUCAGCCAUGCAGAAACGAGACUGCAAACAUCUGGAUGAGACCAUCAUAGCUGCUGAGCAUGCCGUCAGCAUGUCUGGCAAAACUGCCCUUCAACCCAUCAAGGCCGGCAGAAAAGACCUGCUGACCACCAGGAGGAUGGAGAUGAAGAGGAAGGCAGCGGAGGAGAAGAGGGGCGUGGUCCAGGAGCUGGGGUACCAGAUUCUGGAUGCUGAUAAAGUCAGGAGGCUGGAGAACCUGAGGCAUGAGGUGCUUCAGAUGAACCAGUCAACUAUCUCUGAGAUUAGAAACUACAACCACCCUCCACAACUGGUGCACCAGGUGAUGGUUGCCACCUACCUGCUUCUGGGAGUCAAUGAGUCAGAAACACAGAACUGGAAGGACCUGCAGGCCCUGAUGGGUAAGACAAACCGUGAGGGUCUGAAGAGGAAGGUGAUGAGACACAACCCCGACAGGAUCCAGCUCAAGACUGCCAUGAGAGCCAAGCAGCUGCUGGGAGACCUUAGUGUGGAACAGAUACAGGACAUCAGUGCAGGGGCUGCCACAUUCUUUGUUUGGGCCAAGGGAGUGAUCCAAGAAGUGACAGACAGACAUGAGAAGGUGCUGGUCUGAACAUCGCUGGCUCAAAUGAUGGGAAGAAGAAACAAGACCUUCAGAUAUCGAUGUUCCAGACAAUUGCAGUCAAGAUGUAGCUUUACUUCUUAAAAACUGUUGUUUUAGCAAACAGAUGUGUUCGAUUGCAUGACUGUACAUAUUAUAUUUGAAAAGAUGUAUAUUUUUGUAUUUCAAAAAUUUGCAUUUUUGAACGUGUGAAAUUCUGUGGAAGUUGUGUUUUCCAUUGUUUUUGUUGCAAAUUACCUGAUUGAAUAUUGCUAAAUGUCUUUUUGUUAUGUGUACAUACACUUUUGCAACACAGCUACCAUAAUAACUUACUGUACAGUAGUUAUACUUGGUAGAACCUCAUUUAUCAUUAAACUCAAAGUGACCAUAGUUUUCAGUGUCUUUGUGAAGUUCUGAAAUUCCUGAUUUGAGUUGAAGACUUUUACACUGUACUACAACACACCAAAAACUAAGCAACCACUAAAUUUUUAUCAACUGUAAUUAACAGAUCACUGUGCUGAGAUCAGCUAGACACUUGGUCCCACCACUAAAAAAAUAGAUUUACAGCAUGUAGAUUAUGGCAAGUUCUGUUAAUGAAAUUUACCCUCCUACCUGGUAUAUAGGUCACCACAAUGCCCACCUGCUAUCAAAGUUAGACUGUCCAUAGUCUUCUGUUUUCAACCAACUUCUAGAUCUGCGGUGCAACAUGAAUACCCAAAAUGUGGUACCAUAAGCCGUAAAAAUUUGACUCAGCCCUUAGGAAUUAGUGUCUGUACUUAGUCUACAUAUCGAACAUUUCUGAUGAGUCUUCAUAACACAUUUCCUCUAUUUAGUUAGUCCUAACUCUAAAAUAAACUUGUUCAAAUGGUGAUGUAUCUGACUAAGACCAGCCUAUUCAUUUGAACUGUAACUAACUGUAAGAGGCUUCAGGGCUUUCCUACAGAGUAAGACAAACACGAAUAAAUGAAAAAGAUUCAUUCACGUACAUGUAAAAGCCAUCUUUAUUACAAUAAAAACAAGCCAAGGCAACAGAAGUGGCAGCUCUUACACAUUAACUCAUGUUAGCAUCCCUAACGACUCUCGACUGUGUUACCUAAAAGCGCCCCCCUCCCCACGAUGGCAUCGUCCCUAGGUAUAAAAUACAGCAAAAAGAGGCAAAUAUAAAGAGACAAACAAGAAUCAG